AUGGCAAUCUGGAGAAAACUUAUGGAACGGACAGGGGUGCAAAUUGAGCUGGAUCAGUUCUCCCCUGCAUUUCUUAAGAAACUCUGCUCUUAUGAAGGUAGUAUUGGUACUUUAACUUGGAAGGAUCUCUGUCCUUUCAUCAUGUGGGGUAUUUGGAUUCAUAGAAAUAAAUUGAUUCAUGAUAAGAAGAAGUUUAACAGUCUUUGGGUUUUGGAUGAAGCCAUUAAAGCUGCUAAGGAGUUUUGUAAGGUUCACCCUAAUGUGGUUACUGAAGGCAAGGUUAAGGAGGAGAUUUUAAUUACUUGGCAGAGUGCAAGCAAUGGUGUUUUUAAAUUAAAUACCGAUGGUUCGUCUAAUGGGUGUGGUUUUGCAAGAAUUGGAGGAAUCAUUAGGGAUGAAGAUGGAGCCUUUGUUGCUUGUUUUGGCAAACACAUUUUCAAGAACAACAACAAUGUGGCUGAAGUUUGA